GUGGAUGCCAGGCUAACGCCCCUGGCCGCCAUGGGGCUGGACCGCAAUGCCUUGAUGCGGGACGGCCGCCGCCAUCACGGCAGCGUAGUUUACCCAGGGAUCCGAGCGCUGUCGGCCGAGAAGCCCCACGAGGGGUCCACUACCCUCCCCCUCAGCUACAACCGGGACGGCCUUCCAGACCUCCUCUACAAGCCUGACGUUUCCAUGGACCGGAGCAAGCCUACCAAUGGCUACCUGGACCUGUACAAGAGCUCUCCACCAAGCCUCCAUAGAGGACCAGAAGGGCUGGACAGGAGAGGUGUGGGACCUGGGGGGGAGAAGCCCUCAGAGCUGGGUCUGGGGGGUGCUGGUGCAGGAGCAGGCGGGUACCUGCGUCUGCCCUGGGGGCUGAGCCGGGGGCUGUACCCCGAGGCGGGCCUCUACCCCUAUAUGGACUCUUCCAAGUAUGCGGCCCUCAGCAUGUACAAGGCCCAGUUCCUCAAUCAGCCCAGCCCCUACCUGCCCCAGCACCUGGCCUACCAGUCCCUCUGUGCCUCCCAGGGGGGGAACAUGAACCCUGCUGCUGCCUCGGCCACCGAGAGGCUCUACUUCAUGCCCCCCUACCCCCCGUCCCCCAUCUCCUCCCCCCUGGUGGGGUCUCCCAUGAGGAUCCCAGCGGUGUCGGUGGCCCCCACCUCCAUGGUGCACUGCCAGGAGAAGGGAUUGAGUGUCGGGUCUCGUGUCCACCACGAGGGGUCUCCGUUUGGGCAGCAGCUUCACCAGCCUCCCCCUCCACCCCAGCACCUUCAGCCCCCCCACACAGACCGAGACAGACCCCCCAGCAGGAGCAGUAAGCCCACUAGACCCACCUCAAACAAAGGAGCCAGCAACAGCAGUGGUAGUAUUAGUGGUGGUGGUGUUAGUAAUAGCCUUCCCAUUGAUUCCUCCCCUCGUGCCUCUACUCGCCUCCCCCAGCCUGCUCCUCCCCUGCCUCCCACUCUCAGCGACAGCACCUUAGACCUACAGAGGCCAGUCCCUCGAAUAGGGCCACCAUCUUCCUCCUCUUCCCAGUCGAUGCCUCACCCAUUCUAUGUGAGCAGCAUUGCUCAAGAGCACCCCUCCCCCGCCCGGCCCAGCCCCCACAAACACAGACCCAGGGAUGGGGCGUCAGAGCACAGGGCUGGGGGGUGUGAAAGGAAACCCAAUCAGUCCCCUUCUAAACCGUCCUCUGAGCGGAAAACCCCACCAAACAAGACUACCAAAGACCCAGCAGACCCAAAGCCUCUGGAUCUCUCUGGAAGGCUGCUGGAGUUUGACCUGCCUCCCAACAGCUUCCCCAUCAAGAUGGAAGCUCUGGGGUCUCUGGGGCCUCGGUACGGACAUCCCCCCAGCCGGGAGCUCCUGAAGGAGACCCUCUCACCCUCCUCCCACCCCUCCCACUCAGUGGUCAGCAGCACUUUCUCCAAGGCCCCAGACAGGCCAGAGAUGAUCAGCACUUUGCACUCCUCCUGGGUGGUGCCCACCUCUACACCCAUCUCCACCAUUGGGUCCACCCAAACACACCCCCACCCCCCAGCCCUAUCCCCCAGGCCCAGCCCAGACCCCCUAGGGAAACGCUCCUCUCCUUCAGUCAUCAAACACAAGGUUAUAGAGAGAGUCCUGCCCCAGUCCCAGCAAAACAGCCCAUCCUGCCUCAGGGUUGGAGAGCCACAUACUACCCCAAUACCUUCCAAUCACAAGCCUGCCUCCACGAUGCCCCCGUCCCCCAAACCCAAUGGUGAUUGGCCCAAUCACAGCCCCAGCCAAUCAGAAGGUUCCCCCAUGGCCGGCCAUCAUAGGAGCUCCACAGAGAAGCCUCUUAAAGCCCCCAAGAGGGCUGAGACGUCCCAGGAGGUGUCUCCCUAUACUAAACGUCCCUGUCUGGAGAAUACCAACGGGCACCCGCCCAGCCACCUUUACCUAGCUCACAGCAUGGCCUACGCCAACCGAUACCUGCACUACUCUGUACCCGACAGCAUGGCCCUCCAUUCUCUCCCUCUGCCAGGGAAGGGCCCAGCCUACCCUCACCCCGUCCUGCUGGGCAGUAGCAGCCUGUAUCCCUCCCACCUGGCAGCCAAACAGCCCUUACCCUAUCACAGCCAUGCUGGGGAGUACCUCACCUUCAACUCCCAGGAGAUGACCCACCCUCUGAUGCACGCACAUCCAGACUCCAAAGCCCUGGAGCAGGCAGAUCAGGGGCCCAAGUGCCGGGGCCAUGGUCAGGACAAACCUAGGGGUCUCACAGACGAUUGUGGUGGGUCCCGCAGGGGCCGAAGUGGUGUGGAAACAGGAGAGGGGUUCCACGUGAAGCCCAAAAGAGAGGACGGGGAGCAGGGAGGGAGCCAGCCCAGACCCACUUCCUCCUCCAGCCUCAGUACCCCCUCCAAAGACCGUAUCAUCUGCAUUGACCUCGUCCACUCCGACACAGAUGGAGAAUCCACUCCGACCACCAACCAAGUCUCUGGCAACCAACACAAGUGUUGCCAUGGCAACAUUAGGGAAGUGGAACGGGAGCCAAAACACCAACUGCAUUACCACCACCCCCACCAUAUUCAUCACCACCCCAGCCCAAGCUCCACCAUGACAACUAUCCACACAGACAGACAACCAGAGACCCUCUGUGUGAGACCCAAGCCCCUCCAGGAGACGUGCUGUCCAGGUGUGGCCUCUAGCCCACCUCAGGGCUCCCCAAAGCUGGUUAAUUGGGCAGAGGAGAGUCCCGUGGACCAGAGCCCUUCCUCAGACCCAGGGGAACAGGACCAGAGCACCCUGCGCUGUGCCCGAACGUCUGGUGACCGCAAGUCUGUCGACCACAUCUCUGGCAACCGCACGCCUGGUGAACGCACGUCUGGAGUCCGCACAACUGGGGAUUGUGACCACAAGUCUGGCGACCACUUGUCUAGAGAUGGCACGUUUUCUUGCGACUUCACGUCUGGAGAGGAGAGAGAAGAGAUGGACAGACAAACCUCCUCCCACCCCAUCCAUCGCUACAUGGACCUGGGGAAGGAGAGGGACAGUGAAAGAGAGAGCGUUGGAGACACAGAGGAGUCACAUGGAGAAGGGGAUGAGGACGAAGAGGGUGGGCGAAGAGGCUCACGGAGGACCAGCCUGACCAAGAGGAUCGCUAGCUCCUCGGGCUAUGUGGGUGACCGCAUCAAAUGUGUCACGACCGAGCUGUAUGCAGACUCUAGCAAGCUGAGCCGGGAACAGCGCGCCCUGCAG